AUGGCGACUCUUGCUCGUUCGGGUGGUUUCGCUGUCAAAGUGGUGAGUUUUUGUUCUAUACUGAUACACGAAAUCAACGCAAUAUAUCAAAAACAUUGGCAAUCUAAUUUUUUUUAGAUCAGCGGAGCUCAAGCACAUACUAACUUUGUUGCUGUCAACCCCGCUGUUGCAGUUGUGAGUUCAGCUUUGACGUUGUUUUUUUUAAAUUGUAUGUGACUCAUUAGGCGGCUCCCAUCCAAGAUGUCCCAGCUGACCUGACCAACUCUGAGGCUCGCCAGGCACUUGUGAGCCGCAACACAAGUGGCGGAGUUUUCACUGCCGGUAUGGCCGUUAAGGGAAUCAAUGGUUCGUUUAUUCGAGUUCUCUCAAAUCGCCUCCUUAGUUUUUACUUUGCCUAUUAUUGAUGCUGGCACGGUGCGCCGUUCUGGUAGAGCACAUCGAGAUUUUCGCAUUUUUUCCUAUUUUUUUCUUUUUUUGAUGAAUAUCAUGAUUCAUAUGGAGGAUUCGCUUUUUGAACCUCGAAGUUUUUGUGUUAACUUUCGUUAAUGCGUUUUUUGAUCUUUUUUUUGUUGCCUGAACGUAUUGUCAUUUAUAAUACAUAACGUUUUUAGCGACGGAGGAAGAUAUUUGUAAUAUUUUCGCUCCACUCCAAAAAUUUCCCUUUUUUCCAUUUAUUUUCUUGUUGAAAUUUUUUGUCGAAACAAAAAAGCUGAGAAGACCUGUAAAGUGAUAUUAUGGUGAUACAUACUUUGAAGUAACGCUUCAGUCUGUUUUUUGUAAUAAUCUAAAAAAAGGUUUUUUUUUCUGUUACGAUGUACUUUUCAGUGACUUCUCGGCGAUUCGCUCACACCGAUGUCACUUUCCCCGACAUGUCGAACUAUCGACGGGAUUCGGCCAAAAAUACCCAACAGCCCGCCAGAGAAACUGAGGAUCAGCGGCGAUCUUUGGCCAACACUGUUUAUUACGGAGGUAUACCGCAUAGUUUAAUAUACAAAUCGAUUUCAAUUUUUUUCAGCUGGAGGCGCUCUCGCUCUUUGGGCCGGAAAGGAAGUUGUUCAGACGCUUGUCAGCUACAAGGUAUUUUUCGUCGUAUUUUUAAUUUUAUUUACGGCAUGAAUUUGAAAAGUUUUUCCGGUCGAUCUAUGAAUACUUUGCCCAAAACUUCCUUUUGUUUUGCAAUUUUGACGAUUUCCUCCAUUUUCUGUUAUCAUGCGAUGACUCCUAUAUAUAUAUAUAUACACGCAUAUUUGAGAUAACCAUUUCAUAAAUAUCAUGAGGUUUCAGCGAAUGACAAGAAAUGAUGUUGUUUGAAAAAUUUUGGAUGUUUUUGAGCACUUUUCAAGAACUUAUUUCUGAUCAUUUGAGGCUAUGGCUGCUGAUCAGCGUGCGUUGGCCUCGAUCGAGAUCAGUAUGAACGAUGUUCCUGAAGGACAGACAAAAACGUUCGAAUGGCGUGGAAAGCCUGUUUUCGUCAAGCACCGCACCAAGAACGAAAUCGCCAGGUUUUUUUUUCAGUAAAUCGAACAAAGUUUUUCACUUUUGAGCUCUGUUUUUUUUCUUACUCAUUUUUUCUUAGUUUUGGAAUAUUUUGAGGCUUGUUUAGGAGUUUUGUGACUUUUUCAAACCUUAUUUUAUCCUUUUCUCUUCGUAUUAUUACCAUUUUUUUAAAAAAAUCCAUUCUUUUUUUUUCACGACUUAAAUUUUAUCAUCAUCAAUAAAUUUGACGAAAAAAAAAAUGCACGACCGACAGAAUCGUUAAGCAUGUCCAUUUUUUCGCUCACCAUAUGAAUUUUAAAUACGUGGUUCUCUUUGAUCAGGUGAUUGGUCAAUGAAAAAUGAAUUUUCUACUUGAUUGUGUUCGCUUAUAAAGUGCUAGUUUCGGGUGGAAAAUUUUCUAUUUUCUCGUUCCAGACCAAUUUUCGUCAUAUAAAAGCUUUUUUUUCUGAAUCAGUGAGAAGUCGUAAAGUUUCAACGGCACUCUGAAUGUUCAAAAUGCAAAAAAAGCUUUUGAGAAAGGCAUUUUUUCCAGUUUUUCUCAGCUUGAGUGACUCUCUUUUUUCCCUAUUUUGGUUUGAUUAGUAAUGAGAAUUCUUGCAGAGAAAAGGCCGUUGUCGUGUCUGAGCUCCGUGAUCCGCAACACGACGACGAACGCGUUCAGAAAGACGAGUGGUCCGUUGUCAUCGGUGUCUGUACUCAUCUGGGUUGUGUCCCAAUCGGUAUCUUUUUUCUUUUGUUUUUAAAUUUUCUACAGCAUUUUUGAGUUGGUGAAAAGUAUUUUUCAAGUAAAAAGCUCUUUAAAACUUUAACUCUGUACAUUUUCGUCGUAUAUUAAUGAAUACGAAAAAUCUUUUAGACUUUGCCCAGUACUUGAGCUUUCAAGGUGUCAUCAUUUGACUCAAUUUGCGUGUUACUUAUUCAUUCAGCUAACGCUGGUGACUUUGGUGGUUAUUAUUGCCCGUGCCACGGGUCUCACUACGACGGUUCUGGACGCAUUAGAAAAGUGAGAUUUUUUUCUUUUUUUUUGUGAAAUGUAUGUGUUCAAGCAGAAAUAUCUCGCUGAAGAGUUGACAAGAAAAAAAAAAUCAAAAUCUACUGAACUGCUCUAGAAAAAAUUUCCAGGUACAGGUACAAGAGACCUCUCUUGUACCUGUACCUGACGUUUUUUCGAAAAUUGUUGUUUUUUUUACAGGGUCCUGCUCCGCUCAACUUACACGUACCAGCUUACGCCUUCAAGGACACGACUAUUGUCAUCGGAUCCUCUUAA